GGAAUAUUUCCGAAUAAAUAAAUCAUCUUUUUGUUCAGAAAAAGAAAAAAAAAAGCCCAAUAACUGGUUUCAUCGUAUUUCCCUCUCUCUCUUCCUCCCUCACUCCUUUGGCCACUCCCUUCUUCCCCGUCUCCUUCACUCUUCUCCGGCCACACUCUCUCGCCGGCAUUUCCGCCAUCAUCUUCCUCAGUCACCGACUUCUAAUGUUGUUUUUGAACAACCCGAACCUAUUUCCGUAACGACCACUUCGACGAGCAAGAAAACUUGUUAGUUUGCUCAGAUACUUUCUCUCCAACGACGAAGCAGAUAAUACGAAGCUUCGGAACGGUGUCAAACCCAAACUUCCUCAGUGGAUGAUUGGUUUGGUGCUACCAGGUUACUUUGACAAUGACUGGGAUUUUGAAGCUACCGGGAGCUAUUUCCUUAACGCCACACAAAGUCUCCGUUUGCAUUCUGCUUCAGAUAUAUGCGCCACCCGCUCAGAUCUCUGUCCCAUUUCCUUUCUCUUCCGUUUCUCAGCACAAUCGCCUGGGCUUGUUCUUGUUGGCCAUUACCAAGUCAUGUGAUGAUAUUUUCGAGCCGAAACUAGAAGAACUCAUAAAUCAAUUAAGGGAAAUCGGAGGCUUAUUAAAUCAUUGGCUAACUGAUCAUUUAACAAGUCGGCUUUCAUCUUUAUCCUCACCUGAUGAUCUGUUCAACUUCUUCAGUGAUAUGCGAGGAAUCCUUGGGGGUCCUGAGGCUGGUGUUGUUGAAGAUGACCAAGUUAUUUUGGACCCAAAUAGCAAUCUGGGGAUGUUUCUACGCCGUUGUUUACUUGCUUUUAAUCUUUUGUCAUAUGAGGGUUUGUGCCAUCUUUUGACAAAUAUAGGGAUUUAUUGUAAAGAAGCCCUCUCAAGUUGUCCUUCUUAUGAUCCACCUCAUUUAGAUGACUCUAGCAAUGAAUUGGAAUAUGAGAACAUGGACUUGGAAAAUUUAGUGUAUGGGAAGGUUGAUGAAGAGAUUGAAGCAAGAGAAAGGGCCAGUGAAGGUGUUUCUUUUCAUCUUCACAUGCCGAAAGCACUUUUUGAUCUGGCUGAAGAUAUUGAGGUUCCUGCUGACCCAAGGUCGAGACAUAGUGACAAGGAUAGAGAAGUUGGCCAGUACAUGCAUCCUCCAACAAAUACAUUAAGAGACACUGAUAGCAGUGCUGCUCUGUUUCUCCGCACAAACUGGCAGAUACAAGGAUUUCUGCAAGAACAAGCUGAUGCUAUUGAAAGGAAGGAUUUUUGGGUGGAAGGAAAGAGUUGGAAGGGGAGAAUAAAUCAUGUGUCUGGUAGGGAAGAAAGAGGGAGGGAGAGGAAAUAUGGAUGGAUACCUUCUCCUUCCAAAUGUACAAAAUCCAAUCCUUCCAAAAGUGGAAGGAAGAGAGAAAGGGACAAAAUAAAGCAUGGAGGCUCUUUCUCUUUGAAUGCUUUUGAACUUGUCUUGCGGCAACUUCAAAAGUCAGCACCUAAGCUGCAUCGUGUUCGUUUCUUGCGAUAUUUGAAUAGCCUUUAUCAUGACGACUAUUUUGCUGCAUUGGAGAAUCUUCAUUGCUAUUUUGAUUACAGUGCAGGGAUUGAAGGAUUGGAUUAUGUUCCUCCUGUAUCUGGUUGCUAUAAUUUAGGGAGAUAUGAAGUUGCUUUGUUGUGCUUGGGAAUGAUGCAUUUUCAUUAUGGGCACCCAAAGCAAGCUUUGGAGGUACUCACAGAGGCAGUUCAUAUUUCUCAACAGCAAAGUAAUGAUGUUUGUCUGGCAUACACUCUAGCUGCUAUCUGUAACUUGUUGUCAGAAACUGGUAUCUCAAGUACAACUGGGAUACUGGGAUCAUCAUACUCACCUUUGACCAGCAUAGGCAUUUCACUCUCUGUCCAGCAACAAUUGUUUGUACUCUUGAGAGGCUCUCUGAAGAGAGCUGAAAAUUUGAAGUUAAAACGUUUAGUGGCUUCCAAUCAUCUAGCCAUGGCUAGAUUUGACUUGACGCAUGUGCAAAGACCUCUGUUAUCAUUUGGUCCUAAAGCUUCCCUGAAGCUUAGAACAUCACCAAUUAAUGUUUGCAAGGAACUAAGGUCAAGUUCUCAGUUGAUUACCGAGUUUGCUUCUGAAAAUACAACACUGACAACUGAUGGUCAUUUUAGCACUGCAUGGCUUAAAAAUUUACAGAAACCUAUGGGUUCACAGGUGUUAUCUCAGGAAAAUGGAUCUGAAAGCAGUAAUAAUGCUUUUCAGUUCUGUGGGCAACCAAGUUCAAUUCCUGGAUCCGUGUUGCAAUUAAUGGGUUCUACAUACUUACUUCGUGCAACUGCAUGGGAGACAUAUGGCAGUGCUUCUCUUGCCAAAGUCAACGCACUUGUUUAUGCAACUUGCUUUGCUGAUGUUUCAAGUACAUCAGAUGCAUCAUUGGCAUAUGUGAAACUUAUCCAACAUUUAGCAGUAUUCAAAGGAUAUAAAGAGGCAUUUGCGGCUCUUAAAAUGGCAGAUGAGAAGUUUUUAACUGUGUCAAAGUCUCGAAUCUUGGUACUGAAACUGCAACUGCUCCAUGAGCAUGCUUUGCAUAGAGGACAUCUGAAACUUGCUCAACAAGUAUGUGAUGAGCUUGGAGUUCUGGCCUCAUCUGUUACUGGCGUGGACAUGGAACUGAAGACAGAAGCAGGUCUUCGCCGUGCGCGGACAUUGCUUGCAGCAAACCAGUUUAGCGAGGCUGCAGAGGUCGCACACUCCCUCUUUUGCAUGUGUUACAAAUUCAAUCUACAAGUGGAAAAUGCAACUACUCUUCUUUUACUUGCUGAAAUUCACAAGAGAUCAGGAAAUCCUGUUUUAGGUCUCCCUUAUGCAUUGGCGAGCCUUUCCUUCUGCCAAUCAUUUAACUUGGAUCUUCUAAGAGCAUCAGCUGUACUGACAUUGGCGGAAUUGUGGCUUUCACUUGGAUCAAACCAUGCAAAAAGGGCAUUGUCUCUUAUACAUGGGGUCCUUCCAACAAUACUUGGUCAUGGAGGUUUGGAGCUACGUGCACGGGCCUAUAUUGUAGAAGCAAAAUGCUAUCUGUCUGAUCCAAACUUUUCAAUUUCUGAAAAUGCCGAGAUUGUGCUCGAUCCUUUGAGUCAAGCUUCUGACGAACUUCAAGUACUAGAGUAUCAUGAGUUGGCAGCAGAAGCUUUUUAUUUGAAGGCAAUUGUAUAUGACAAACUGGGGAAGUUAGAGGACAGGGAAGAAGCCGCGACUUCUUUCAAAAAACACACAUUGGCUCUCGAAAAUCCCCAUGACGAUGAAGAUUCCCUUAUCAAUAUGUUGUAAAACAAAGAUCUCAUAUCAUAUUAUGUGAACACUGCAUUUGAAAUUUUCAUGGUUAUAGAAAGAUGUAUAUACAUGCAGAGAUUAGUCACAGACAGCUCUCACGAGAAAGAAAAACAAACUAUAGUUGAAGCAAAGGCCCAAUCAUCAAAAAUUAGUCCAAAGAAAGUGAUUAUUGCUCUUAUUAUAACGAUUACUACAUUGAAAUAGGAAUGUAGAAUGUGCUAAAGACCGAGAGAUAAUAGUAGUGUUGUGUAAUUGAACUUGAGCUUUAGACUCAAUCCUUGAGUUAGAUUUGAGCUUUGAGAAGUAGUACUAGUAGAUUGUAUAUGGGGUUUCUAAAGAGGUUCAAUUGUUGACCUGCAAUGAAAGUUGGUCUUAGAGGGUGCA